AAUACUUAUUUUCUGAUAAAACAGGAACCCUCACUUGCAAUAUGAUGAUAUUUAAGAAGUGUACCAUUGCAGGUAUAAUUUAUGGACAGACACCUUCUUACGCCACAGAAUCCUCUGAAUUUGAUGGCUCCCUAUUACUGAAUAACAUUGACAAUGGCCAUCCCACAGAACAAUACAUAAAGGAAUUUUUGACCCUGCUAUGCGUGUGCCACACUGUUGUCCCCGAGAGAGAUGAUCACGACAUAGUCUACCAGGCAUCCUCCCCAGAUGAAGCAGCUUUGGUGAAAGGAGCAAAAAGACUUGGCUUUGUCCUCACUACAAGGACGCCGUACUCUGUCACCAUAGAAGCUAUGGGAGAAAAAUACACUUUUGAAAUUCUUAAUGUCCUGGAGUUUUCUAGUAAUAGGAAAAGGAUGUCCAUCAUCGCCCGGACGCCCGAGGGCAAGCUCCGGCUCUACUGCAAAGGGGCCGAUACAGUGAUUUAUGAGAGACUUUCAGCAAGUUCUCUGUUUGUGAAGGAGACAUUAUCCCAUCUAGAAUAUUUUGCCAGCGAUGGUCUGAGAACUCUCUGUAUCGCUUACACAGAUCUAACUGAGAAGGAAUACAAACAAUGGCUAGAGAAGUAUAAGAAAGCUAGUAUAACGUUACACAACAGGAUUCAAAGAAUGGAAGAAUGUUACGAUAUCAUCGAAAAGGAAUUUUUACUGCUUGGAGCCACAGCCAUUGAAGACCGUCUUCAAGAACACGUUCCGGAAACCAUAGCAACCUUACUGAAAGCAAACAUAAGAAUAUGGGUCUUGACGGGAGACAAACAAGAAACUGCAAUUAACGUAGCAUAUUCCUGCAAACUGAUAUCAGGUCAAAUGCCUCGUAUUCAUUUGAAUGGAAAUUCACUUACAAUAGUACAACAAAUGAUUAAUCAGAACUGUGAAGAUCUUGGAAGCUUGUUGGGUACUGAAAAUGACAUAGCGCUAAUCAUUGAUGGUGAAACAUUGAAGCAUGCCCUCCACCCUGAAACUAAGAAAAUGUUCCUAAAUUUGGCCCUCUCGUGUAGAGCUGUAUUGUGUUGUAGGCUGUCUCCGCUCCAGAAGGCCGAGCUGGUGGACGUGGUGAGGAAGCGGGUGAAGGCCACCACGCUCGCCAUCGGGGACGGCGCCAACGACGUGGGCAUGAUCCAGACGGCCCACGUGGGCGUGGGCAUCAGCGGCAAUGAGGGCAUGCAGGCCACCAACAACUCGGACUACGCCAUCGCGCAGUUUAGCUACCUGGAAAAGCUUCUGUUGGUUCAUGGAACUUGGAAUUAUUUUCGAGUGACCAAAUGCAUAUUGUAUUGUUUCUACAAGAAUGUCAUACUCUAUGUUGUUGAGCUUUGGUUUACCUUUGUUAAUGGAUUUUCUGGGCAGAUUAUAUUUGAACGUUGGUGCAUCGGCUUGUACAAUCUGAUUUUCACUUCAUUACCGGCCUUAACGCUGGGAAUGUUUGAGCAGUGUUGCAGUCAGAGGAGCCUGAUCAGGUUUCCACAGCUCUACACCGUAUCUCAGACGGGGGAGAUUUUCAACACAAAGGUGUUUUGGAUUCAAUGUCUAAAUGCUUUGGUCCACUCCUUCAUUAUCUUUUGGCUCCCCAAAAAAAUGCUGGAGAAAGAUACUGUCUUACAACGUGGUUACACUACAGACUAUUUAUUUCUUGGAAAUUUCAUUUAUACGUAUGUAGUUGUUACCGUCUGUCUGAAGGCUGGGUUGGAGACGAUGUCUUGGAAUAAGUUUAGUCAUAUGGCAAUUUGGGGAAGCAUACUCAUCUGGCUGGUGUUUCUCAUCAGUUACUCUAACUUCUGGCCAACCAUUCCUAUUGCCCCUGAGAUGACAGGACAGGGUGAGAUGGUCCUGACUUGUCCACACUUCUGGCUGGGCUUUUUCGUAGUCCCCAUUGCAUGCCUGAUCCAAAAUGUGAUAUGGAAAUCAAUUAGAAAUACCUACUACAAGACUUUUCUAGAGGAGGUUCGGGAGCGGGAAAGGGGCAAAGUGAUAGAAUUUGAGCUUCCCAGAAUAUCUGAAAACAGGAUGAAGGCAGCAACUCUCCAAAAGUCCUUAAUUACCCAGCCCCACGAAAUUGUCUUCAAGAGCUCUUCUGUUGAUCUGAGUCCCCCCCAUGGGUAUGCGUUUUCUCAGACAGAACAAGCUGUGGUCACUCAGGAAGAACUAGUCCGUUAUUACGACACUACUAAAACCGAAAGCAAGAAGAGUUUCCUUUAAACCGAUUCAGAUUAACAGACUAAGAUUCAGAUCACUGUAUCCUGCACCCUCCCGUCCUUCCGCUGGGGCUGGCGUGCGAGCCGGCACUCCCAGGCACUCGAGGCUGUGGCUCUGACCGGCCAGUCUGUUAGGUAUAUAUAUAUAUCCACUGAGUCAUGAUCCUUGGGCAUGAAUAACGUGGGGACCCUAUUUACUUUGUGUUAAUUUGUCUCCAGUGUUUUACCAAAUGUAUUUCCUUUUCCAUGGCCAUGAGAUAAUUUGUUCAUCAGCUCAGUCUGAAUAUAAAAUUAAAAGCAUUAUGUUUCACCAAAA